UUAUUGGGCGUUUGUGUAAGCAAAGCUGCAUGAGGAUGAGCGUUAUCUUGCUGAAAUAAUAGCGAUGUAGCAGUGAGCGAGCCAUUCAGUGUUACGAGCGGUCCGGUACCAGCUGGAAACUCCAGCCCACACCCUACCAUUAGUUCCUCCCCAGCGAUUACACUCUCGCACCUCACAUCGGACGUGCUGUUCACCAGGUCGCCACCACACUCAUCUUCUUCGGUCAGGACAGUCCACACAAAAGUGUGGUUCGUCACAAACGGAACGCUCGCUCACUCCCUACGUGUCCAUCUUUAAUUAAUAUUGUUGCCGCAGCUCCUAGCUCAAGCACGGCAGUAAGAAGCCACAAGAUAUCUUAAAGCUGAAUACCAGCCUAUACUUGUUCAGCUUAAUUGCAAAUCUGUCUCUACCAACUCAACCAUUCAGAUCUCAAUCAUCUAUGACUGAGUGAUGUACUUUUAGGUAUUUACCUUAAAUACUUUAGGAUAAUAUGCCACAUCACAGAAACUGGACACUACCCUAAUGAAAAACUUGAUAUCUUUCUUUUGAUGCUCGGUAUAUAUACAUGGGUACUUGUUACAGUAAGUCUAGUCCUCCCGGCCAGCAGAGUGCGCUGCUUUUCCUUCAACCCAAAGCAGUAAUUGGUCGUAAUUGAAAUCACAUCAUAUUAACACGAUGAGUUAUCGCACCACUUUAACAUAAAAUGGGCUUUUCAGUGUUUCUUCAGGCAAGGCUGCCUCAAUUUCCGCAUUAUUUCAGUAGUGCAGUGACACGGGGGGAGGAUUCUGUGGCUUCUCUGUUGGGUCUCUGAAGCUGCUCCAUCGCCUGCAGGUUCCUCAUGAGUUUUGUUGAGUACUCCGAGUGCAUCCAGGAGGGGGAUGUGGUCAUCAUCUUCCUGGGCCACGAGUCCAUGUUUCCGGUCAAGGUGCAAGCAGGGGCCCAAACGCAGACCCGCUACGGGGCGAUUCGUCACUCCGUGGACCUGAUUGGCCGGCGCUACGGGUCGAAGGUCACGUGCAGCAAGGGCGGCUGGGUCUACGUGUUACAUCCCACCCCAGAGUUGUGGACCGUCAGCCUGCCGCAUCGCACCCAGAUCCUGUACGCGACCGACAUCGCUAUGAUCACCAUGAUGCUGGAGCUGAAGCCGGGCUCUGUGGUCUGCGAGUCAGGUACGGGCAGCGGCUCCCUGUCCCACUCCAUGCUGCGCUGCAUCGCGCCCACGGGACACCUUUACACCGUGGAGUUCCACCAGCAGCGCGCAGACAAGGCCGCCGAGGAGUUCCGUGAGCACAAGGUGGGCCACCUGGUGACGGUGCUCAACCAGGACGUGUGCAAGGACGGCUUCGGGGUGAGCGCCGUGGCCGACGCCGUCUUCCUCGACAUCCCCUCCCCCUGGGAGGCCGUGGUUCAUGCCAGAACUGCAAUCAAGAAGCAAGGGGGCCGCGUAUGCUCCUUCUCUCCGUGCAUCGAGCAGGUCCAGAGGACGUGCGCGGCGUUGGCAGAGCACGGCUUCCAAGAGAUCUGCACCCUGGAGGUGCUGCUGCGUCUGUACGACGUGCGCUCCGUCACCCUGCCGCUGGCCGACCUCGGGCCCGACGACCCGGCCCAGGCGGGCCCCGGGGAGGCUCCGCCCUCUGCCGCCAGCGCAGCGGUCACCUGCAGGACGGCCAUAGCACCCAGGGAGAUGGCCGGUCACACGGGAUACCUGACCUUCGCCACCAAGAGUCUGGCGUAGGAGGGGUUAGAGGCCGUUGCUGUGGAGGGGGCAUUGUCCCUGGUCACUGGGAAGGCGGCCAUCUUGCCAGGGCCCCAGUAUAUCUGACUGAAAUGGAACAUCAUACGUGGCUGCGGCUCUGCUACAGCUCUGCUCAUUGCUUUCCUCUUCAGUGGCCUGGAUUCCCCUGCUGACGAGGUCUGCCCGUUAGGCCAACCUGUACACAGGCAGAGCGGUGGUGUGUUCAGGCUGAACACCGGUGCUGAGUGGCCGUUUAAGACGGACUCGUCACAGAUGGUGACGUCCAAGAUCAGCUGCAUUAAAGCUGUGUAGUUUUUGCUUUGAGGUCAUAAACACCUUUUUGCUGUAUUUAUUUUUUUUUAAACUUUCGAUCUGAAUGAAGUAAAAGGCAGAUAUUAUGGUC